ACAGGAGGGAGGACCAACAAGCUCCAGUAGAUGACGGUGGGGUUAGCGGGUAAUGAACCGACACAUUGUUAUCUCAGCUCGUAUGCUGCAACAACGUAGUGGUAAAAUUGAUGGGCAAAUAAGUUUCAUCUGACUUCUCUCUUGCCUAAGUAUUUCUCACAUCAGCAGAUGCAAGUGCUUGGGAGAAACAGUAUGGCAGGUGACAUUACUGGAGUCUGCAGUAUUAACGGUGUCAAGGACACAAGAAGCUGACUCAUCCAUCACCUGAAUGAGAGGAUGGGUAAAGAAAUUUGGGCUGAAGCUGCAUAGGGGUAACUGCAGACAAGGCACAGAGAGAGCCACAGAGACUGCGUCUCCCGCGUUCCACUUUCGGGUACUGUGGACUCUAACCAAGAAAAUUUCUCGCGCGAGAGGAAUCCGGCUUCGCCCCUGAGCCACUUGUGGUCCCACCUGCCAAGAAACCCGGGUCCGGCUGCGCGCAGGAGCUUCUGGGAGUCGUAGUUUUUGGCCGUGCCCCCGCAGAAUGUCACGCAUGCGCGACUCGGAGCUACCCCGAGAAGUUCGUAGCCUUUGUCAGGCCCGGGAUGGGAGGUUCCACGCAAUCUGAGUGACGCUCUCCGCAGAGCCCAAGAGGGAAGGAGCCGGAGAAGAGCAGAACCCUGGGGACAUUGAAGAGGUGGUGAUUGUGGAGAUGGAUUUUGUUGAAGUGUCCCAGAAAAGAGCUCUGUCUUCCCAGGAUUCCCUCCUUUCCCAAGAGAAGAGUGCAGAAGGACAGGUGGCUUCCCUGAGGCUCAUAGCCAAGUCCCAGGAAACCAUGACAUUCAAGGAUGUGGCCAUGGACUUUACACCAGAGGAAUGGGGGAAACUGGAUCCUGCACACAGAGACGUGAUGCUGGAGAACUACAGGAACUUGGUCUCACUUUGGCUUCCCAUCUCCAAACCUGAUAGCUAUAAUUUGGAUGAUGGAAAAGAACUAUUGAAGCUUGAGAGAAAACCUCCUAAAUGCAGUAACUCAGACAUGGAAACCAGACCUGAGAGCAAGGAUUCAACUUCAGUGCAAGACUUUUCCACAGAGGAAUCAUACCAGGUUACAAGAGCAGAAAACCUGACACAAAAUCCUGUUUAUGACUCCAGCUUAGAGACAGCUCGUGAUUAUGAGCAUUGGUUAGCACAUCAGCAAGGAAAUCAGGAAAAGCACUUAAGACAAAUGUUCACUCACAUGAACUCCUUCCCUGUGGAAAAAGAUAGUAAAUGUGAUAUGUAUUGGAAAAACUGCAGUCAGAAACCUCUCCUUAUGACUGAUGAGAAAGUUCCCAAACAAUCAUGUGACCUUCAGACAUUUGGGGAAAGAUUGAGGCGGAAAUCAAACUUAAUAAAAAAGCAGAGACCUCAUAAAGAGAAAAAACCUCAUAAAUGUGAUGACUGUGGCGAACUCUUCACUUACCAUUCAGUACUUAUUCGACACCAGCGAGUACACACUGGAGAGAAACCCUAUACCUGCAGUGAAUGUGGGAAAUCCUUUAGCCACAGAGCCAAUUUAACUAAACAUCAGAGAACUCAUACUAGAGUUCUCUUUAAGUGCAGUGAAUGCAAGAAAAGCUUCAUAGAAAGUUCAUCCCUUGCUAUCCAUCAGAGAAUCCACAUUGGAGAGAGACCUUAUGAGUGUGGUGAGUGUGGGAAAGGAUUUAACCGAAGCACGCAUCUUGCACAGCACCAGUUGAUUCAUACUGGGGUGAAGCCUUAUGAAUGUGAUGAAUGUGAUAAAGCUUUCAUUCACUCAUCAGCACUCAUUAAACAUCAAAGAACUCACACUGGAGAGAAACCCUAUAAAUGUCAAGAGUGUGGGAAAGCCUUCAGCCAUUGCUCAUCCCUUACUAAGCACCAGAGAGUUCACACUGGAGAAAAGCCAUAUGAGUGUGGUGAGUGUGGAAAAACUUUCAGUCAGAGCACACACCUUGUUCAGCACCAGAGAAUUCACACUGGAGAAAAGCCCUAUGAAUGCAACGAAUGUGGAAAAACGUUUAGCCGGAGCUCAAAUUUUGCUAAACAUCAAAGAAUUCAUAUUGGAAAGAAACCCUACAAAUGUGGUGAAUGUGGGAAAGCCUUCAUUCAUUCAUCGGCUCUCAUUCAACACCAGAGAACUCAUACUGGAGAGAAACCUUUUAGAUGUAGUGAAUGUGGGAAGAGCUUUAAGUGCAGUUCAUCUCUCAUCCGACAUCACAGAGUUCACAUGGAAGAGCAACCCUGAAAACAGUAUUACUGAGUGUUAAGCAAUGUAAGUUGGCUUUAUCACUGUGUUUAACGUUUGAAUGUUUAAAUAGAAGGUCCAUAACGGGACCCUCAGGA